AUGUUUGACUACUUGGGAAUAUUCUACAUCUCUGACCUACUUCGGAAAGUCAAAGGAUGGUUCCAAAUCCCGGAGAACUAUGACAAAGAAGUAAAGUGGAUUGAUGAAAUGGAUGAAACGUUCAAUAAUCACGACUUCUUGUUACAAGAAAGCAUCUUCCUCAGGGAGCUCUUUAUCGAGCGUGCAAUUGAAGGGAAGCUUGGGCAGACUGUAAAGCCGCUUUACUCCGGCCCUAAGAACUGGAAAGAGAAGCUACGAGAUGCGGGCUAUCAACAUUGGACAAUCCAGAAGGAAAUGCACGAAAGAUACCUAAACCAGCCUGACGGCCCAAUUUCCCGGCAAUAUGAUAUCUCUCUGUCUAGAAAGGACCAAAUUUUAGCCAACAACCCAGCCAAGUAUCUGUCACAGAAACGUCUGGUGCAGCUUUUGUUGACGUGUGUAGGAGUCAGGGAAGAAAUCAAGGUUCGGACAUGGAGUGUGUAA